ACUUAAAAAGAAAAAGGAAAAACUUAUACGAGAUACAUGGCACAACGAACAGAAUACAGAGACAGCCAGCGGCACAACCCGACCGGUUUAUUAGAAGCCAAAUAGAGUGACGGCGAGAAGGGAGACACGAAUAGCCAUAGCGAUAGCGGUCAUCAACAAUGAGAAGUGGGCGAAUCAUCCAGCAUCUGCUACUACGACCCGGUUGUCGCCGUCUAGAUUUCUUUUCUUCAUCUUUAUCAACUACUACUGCCAUUAGAAGCCUCUCUUUCUUCACCCUCGCAACACACGAACAUGCAAUCAAAACCCUUCAAAACCCCUCCUUCUCUUCUCGUUUACUUGCUUUCUUUUCAAAACAACCCACUUCUCUCCACUUCUCUCCUUCUUUAACCCCUCGGUUUUUAAGCACCACCAUCUCCACUGAAGAGAAUAGCAGCGACGAUGACCUUCUUUAUUAUGAAACAACUGAAGAUGUUGAAUCGGAUGGAUGGGAAGAGGAGGAGGAAGUGGAGCCAAAGUUAGGUGAUGGCGGGGAUGGUGGUGGAGUUGUGUUGCAAGGCUUACCCUGGGGCGAUCGAACUCUCUCCAUUGCUCGUGAGGUGUUAUUGUCAUUUGGUGAUGAUAUCGAACUCUUCGCUUUCAAGACUACUCCUCGCGGAUAUGUUUAUGUCAGGCUCGAUAAACUGUCCCAACCAUAUGGAUGUCCCAGCAUUGAGGAGCUCGAAAGCUACUGUCAAGAAUAUAGGAAAAGAUUGGAGGAAGUCGGGGCACUUGGAGAAAUACCUAACAAUUUGGCUGUUGAGGUGUCGACUCCUGGCGCAGAGAGGAUACUUAAGGUACCAGAAGAUUUGUCUCGGUUUAAAGACAUGCCCAUGAGAGUAUGCUAUUCAGAAGGCAAUGGCCCAGAAACGAAUGGAGUCUUCUUUCUGGAGUCCGUGGAAAUGGAAUCAGAGAACUGUGUAUGGAAGUUGGCAGAUGUGAAGGAAAACAGGGACCCUGAGAGCAAGGGUAGACCACUAAACCGCAAAAGGAGGGACUGGAGAUUAACGUUGCCAUUCAAAAUGCAUGGAAUGGUAUCUUUGUAUCUUGACUGCUGAUAUAUCAAUUAUUUGUUGUCAUCA